UGGGCGGCUCAUACAAUAUAUCUACCAGUGGAUGCCUCUCCUGGAUCACAGGAACAGCUGUAACUAUUGUGGUUGAAGGAAAACAUAAAUCGCAAACAUGAAGAUCCUGAUUUUAACUUUAUCGGUUCUGUUCAUCUCAGGAACGCACGGGCGCUUCCUUUGGCAGAGAGAUGAACCAAAAUCCGAUAUAUCUGAUGUAUUUGAAAAAUUUGUAGAAAACAUUGUUGAGCUUGGAUCAGAGGCUGCAGACUACGUGAAGUCAACAAGCAAUGAUAAAGAGCAGAAAAUUAGGGAUACAAUUGAUGCAUUGAAGACCAACUGUAAUGAUAUCAAGCAAGCAAUUAAAACAUAUCUACAUUCAGCUUGGAAACAAGUGGACAAGGAGCUGGAUGAGAAGUAUCCAGUGCUUAAGAAGGAUGUCCUCCCCCACUUGGAAGAAUUUGGAAAACAAUGGGAUGAGUAUGCAAUGAACAUGAAGAAGGAUAUUUUUAUUUACACACUAAACUUAUUUAAUGGCCUAAAAAAUCAAGUGGAGAAAUUCUUUGAAAAUAUACGACCGGUUGCAGAGAAAGGGCGUGACAAAUUACGCUCCGAGGUAGAAGAACUGCGUAACAAAAUAGCUCCCUAUUUGGAAGAUUUGAAAAAGGAACUGGAAAAGAAUCGUAAAGAACUGCAUGGUGAAUGGUCCAAGGACUAUAUUGCUCAGGUAGAAAAAGAAAUCGAUGAGCUAAGGGAAUCUAUCAAACCACAUUUAGAAAAUUUAAAGAAGAGUGUGGUGCCUCAUGCUAAAAAUGUGGAGCAAUAUCUGGACAAAAUAGUUCAGGAAAUCAGAAAAAGUUUGUAUUUAGAUUAAAUAUAUCAGUAGAAUAUGGACUAGAAUCGUACUUGUAUUCUAUCUCCAUGUUUACAGUUUAAUAAAUAUCGUUAGAGUCAGUCACAUUAUUCUACAGGUGUUUAAUGUAAAUGUGGUGGGUUGUUUUUCGAUCACUUAUUCGUACUAUUAGCUAUAGUUAGUUUCUAUUGUUCCCUUAUCUACACUUACUAUUUAGUUUCUUUCUUUUUUCUUUGAUUAUCUGAGCUGUAGAUUUCGACUGGGUCUGUAGUCUUACUUUUUUUGCAUAUGAAAAUAAAAUAAUUUUAGCAUUUUUGGA